AUGCGAAAAGCAGUCGAAUUAAGACGAGCACAAAAACAACGAGAUAAGGCUGCAAGAAAAAUUCAAGCUAUAGUUAGAGGCUUUUUGGCCAGGCAACAUUUAAAGAAAUGUUUACAUGCAGCUGUAGUUAUACAGGCACAUUUUAGAGGAUUUUUGGUCAGAAAACAAUUUGUUGAGGCUAAAUGAAUAUUUGAUGAAUUAACUGAAUAAAUGAGGGAAAAUAUUUUUAUUUU